AUGAAGGAGGGGUCCGAGGGUAUUCGAGAAAUUUCCUUCAUGAGGAGGGAGUCCGAUCUCUUCAGGGUCCACUGCCGAAGGCGUUUAAAUGCAGCAUUGGAGGCAAAAACAGCUGAUUUGGUUCGACAAGCUGAAGAAGUAAUUAGAGAUCAACAAGAGGUUCGAUCUAGACCUCUUUCAACAGAAGUUAAAUCCUAUGAUGAGGAAGAUGAUUACAGUUUAAGAGAUUUAUUAUCUGAAGGAACAGUUCAUCUCCGUUCAGAAAUAAAGACCAAAAACAUUGAUCCAGCAAAUAAGUUUCAAAACAAACGACAGUCUACAAUUAAGGGAAAGAAGACAAGUUCAAGUUUAAAAUUGAAAUACUCUCCUGUGCAAACUGUACAUGAUGUUGCCAUUCCAGAUGAUUUCAAAGACUUUUCUCUUGCAAAAACGAUUAGCAAAAUUGAAGGGCAACUAGAAAAGGAAGGUUUACCAGAUGACAUAGAUGAUAUUUUUUGUGGUGUUAGUGAUGACAUUGGAGCAGAAGCACAGAUCAGAUUUCUAAAGGCUAAACUCCGUGUUAUGCAAGAAGAAUUAGAUAAUGUUGUAUGUGAAUGCAAUAAAAAGGAAGAUGAAAUACAGAAUUUAAAGUCUCAAGUAAAAAAUUUUGAAGAAGAUUGUGUGAGACAGCAGCGAACAAUUAAUUUGCAACAGGCUCAAACAGAAAAAUAUAAAACUCUUUUCGAAGAAUCAAUUAAAAAAUGUGAUGGAUUGCAGCAACAGCUGUCUUCAGUAGAAAGGGAAUUAGAAAAUAAACAAAGACUACAAAAACAAGCUGCCUCUAGUCAGAGUGCCACAGAAGUUCGCUUAAACAGAGCUCUAGAAGAAACAGAGAAAUAUAAGUUGGAGUUAAGUAAAUUAAGGCAAAAUAACAAGGAUAUUACAAAUGAGGAGCACAGAAAAAUUGAAGCAUUAAAAUCAGAAAACAAGAAGCUAGAAAAACAAAAAGGAGAGUUAAUGAUAGGAUUUAAAAAACAAUUAAAAUUAAUUGAUAUUUUAAAAAGGCAGAAGAUGCAUAUUGAAGCUGCUAAGAUGUUGUCCUUCACUGAAGAGGAAUUUAUGAAGGCACUUGAAUGGGAAAAUUCAUAAAUUGUAUACUUUAGUCCUUAUACAGCGUAUGGUAGAUAUUUUUCUAAAUUUAAGUUAUAAUGGUUAGAAUUAUUUUUGUUCUCUGUAAAUAUUAAAGGCAUUUGAUAAUGAAUCUAGAUUAGAGGAUUAUAAAAUUUAUGUAGUUAUUAGGAAAAAACAAAACAAUAGGAAUUUAACUUUUGAUUGUCUUUUUUGACAGAAUA